GCCCCCCGGACUACGAGGCGCUGCCCGCCGGGGCCACCGUGACCACGCACAUGGUGGCCGGGGCGGUGGCCGGCGUGCUGGAGCACUGCCUCAUGUACCCCGUGGACUGCGUCAAGACCCGGAUGCAGAGCCUGCAGCCAGACCCGGCUGCCCGCUACCGCAACGUGCUGGAAGCCCUGUGGAGGAUCAUGCGGACAGAAGGCUGGUGGCGGCCCAUGAGGGGCCUGAACAUCACAGCCACGGGGGCGGGGCCUGCCCACGCCCUCUAUUUUGCCUGCUAUGAAAAGUUAAAAAAGACAUUGAGCGAUGUAAUCCAUCCUGGGGGCAAUAGCCAUAUUGCCAAUGGUGCAGCAGGGUGUGUAGCAACGUUGCUCCAUGACGCGGCCAUGAAUCCUGCAGAAGUGGUGAAGCAGAGGAUGCAGAUGUACAACUCUCCGUACCGGCGGGUGACGGACUGCGUGCGGGCCGUGUGGCAGAAGGAAGGGGCCGGCGCCUUCUACCGCAGCUACACCACGCAGCUGACCAUGAACGUCCCCUUCCAGGCCAUCCACUUCAUGACGUACGAACUGGCGCAGGAGCGCUUCAACCCGCACCGCCGCUACCACCCCGGCUCCCACGUCCUGUCCGGGGCCUGCGCGGGGGCCGUGGCCGCGGCCCUCACCACGCCGCUGGACGUUUGCAAGACGCUGCUCAACACCCAGGAGGCCCCGGCUUCGAACUCCAACGGCGGCGGCCGCGUCACGGGCCUGGCCGGCGCCUUCAGGACGGUGUACCGGGUCGGCGGGCUGACCGCCUACUUCCGGGGGGUGCAGGCCAGGGUCAUCUACCAGAUCCCGUCCACGGCCAUCGCGUGGUCCGUGUACGAGCUGUUCAAAUAUCUGCUCACCCGACGGCAGGAGGAGCGGAGGGCGGGGAAGUGAGGCCUGGGCCCGGCCGCCCUCUCCCCGGCCCGGCUCGCGUCCGGAGGGGAGCCCACCGGAGGAGGCCUCCCCGCCGCCGGUCGGG